CUGAGGUCCCAAGUUUUAAUGGGCUCCCAAGGUUUAAUCAACCCACAACGAUUAACUCCCUGAUGCUCCUCCGACCAUCGCCGGCACGCCUCGCCGCCUUUCUUCCGCUUCUUCUCCAUCCCCGCAGAUUCUCCGAUGCCUCUAGAGCCUUACGCCGCGACCUCCGAGCAGGACACGGCCCGAUCCGACCCGAACUAAUCGAACGAGUCUCCCGUUUGCUCGUCCUCGGAAGGUACGACGCUCUACACGACAUCUCUCUCGACUUCUCAGACCAGCUCCUCAACUCCCUCCUCCGCACCUCCCGCCUCCACCCUCAAGCCUGCCUCGAGGUUUUCAACUUAGCUUCCAAACAGCAAACUUUCCGACCGGAUUACAAGUCUUACUGCAAAAUGGUCCACAUCUUGUCCAGAGCCAGGAUGUACGAUCAGACAAGAGCGUAUCUAAGUGAGCUCGUUGGUCUUAACCACUCGUGCUUUGUAAUCUGGGACGAGCUCGUUCGUGUUUACAAGAGUUUCCACUUCUCUCCAACAGUCUUCGACAUGGUGCUUAAAGUCUACGCGGAGAAGAGUUUGGUGAAGGAAGCUUUACACGUGUUUGAUAAUAUUGGAAGUGUCGGGAGAGUCCCGAGCUUGUUGUCUUGUAAUAGUUUGUUGAGUAAUUUGGUUAAGAAAGGUGAAUACUUUGUGGCGUUGCUUGUUUAUGAUCAGAUGGUGAGUCUUGGGGUUUCUCCGGAUGUGUUUACUUGCGGUAUCGUUGUGAACGCGUACUGUAGAAACGGAGAAGUGGAGAAAGGUGUGGAGUUUGCUAAGGAGAUGGAGAGUGAGUUCGGUUUGGAGAUGAAUGUGGUGGUUUACAAUAGUUUGGUUAAUGGGUACGCGAUGAUUGGGGAUGUUGAGGGAGUGAGGAGAGUGUUGGGGUUGAUGUCUGAUAAAGGGGUUAUUAAGAACGUUGUUACUUAUACUUCGUUGGUUAAGUGUUAUUGUAAAAAGGGUUUGAUGGAAGAAGCGGAGAAGGUGUUUGAGUCUGUGGAGGAAGCGGAUCAGCGUGUAUACGGUGUGUUGAUAGAUGGAUAUUGUCGGUGUGGUAGAGUCAGUGAUGCUGUUAGAGUUCAUGAUGAUAUGUUGAGGAAGGGAGUGAGAACUAAUGCAACCAUUUGUAACUCUUUAAUCAAUGGUUAUUGCAAAGCCGGUGAACUAGUUGAAGCGGAACGAAUGUUUAUGCGGAUGAAGGAUCCGGAUCAUUAUACUUACAACACCCUUGUGGACGGGUACUGCAGAGCUGGUCGCGUCAACGAGGCUUUAAAGCUCUGUGAUCGAAUGUGCGAGAAAGAAGUUGUUCCAACGGUUAUGACUUACAAUACUCUUUUAAAAGGCUUUACUCGUGUCGGUGCUUAUCAUGACGUUGUAAGCCUUUGGAAGACGAUGAUAAAAAGAGGAGUGAGCGGGAAUGAGAUUAGCUGUAGCACUCUGCUUGAGGCAUUGUUCAAGCUUGGAGAUUUUGAUGAAGCCAUGAAGCUAUGGGAGAACGUCUUAGCAAGAGGUCUUUUGACAGAUACGGUAACCUUAAACGUAAUGAUAAGCGGACUGUGUAAAAUGGAGAAGGUCAAUAAAGCCAAAGAGAUUCUAGAUAGCGUGAAAACAUUCAGAUGUAAGCCAGAUGUGCAAACAUAUCAAGCUUUGAGCCAUGGUUAUUACAAAGUCGGAAACUUCAAAGAAGCUUUUGGAGUUAAAGAUCAUAUGGAGAGUAACGGAAUGUUCCCCACAGUAGAGAUGUACAACACUCUGAUCUCUGCUGCUUUCAAGUGUAGACAUUUGAAUAAAGUAACGGAUCUUGUAACCGAGCUGCGUGCAAGAGGGUUAACUCCUACUGUUGCUACAUACGGAGCUCUCAUCACUGGCUGGUGCAAUAUUGGAACCAUGGAUAAAGCCUACGCCACGUGUUUCGAGAUGAUAGAGAAAGGGAUUGCUGUGAAUGUGAACAUCUGCAGCAAGAUUGCGACAAGUUUGUUUCGCCUUGACAAGAUCGACGAGGCUUGUUUGCUGUUGCAUAAGCUUGUGGAUUUUGAUCUUCUUCUUCCCGGUUACCAUAGCUUUAAAGAGUUUCUUGAACCCGGUGCUACUACGUGUGUUAAAACACAAAGAAUCGCUGAUUCUCUUCCUAAGAAGCUCUUAGUUCCCAACAACAUUGUGUACAAUGUUGCUCUCGCAGGUCUCUGCAAAGCUAGGAAGGUCAAGGAAGCUCGAAAACUAUUCUCGGAGCUGAUACUGCGCGAGGGGUUUACACCAGACGAGUACACGUACACGAUCUUGAUCCAUGGGUGUGCUGUUGACGGUGAGAUAAACGAGGCGUUCAACCUGAGGGAUGAGAUGUCUGUAAAAGGUAUUACUCCUAACGUUAUUACGUACAAUGCGUUGAUUAAAGGGUUGUGCAAGUCAGGGAAUGUAGAUCGAGCUCAGAGGCUUUUGCGUAAGCUUCCACAGAAGGGAAUAACUCCUAAUGCUAUUACCUAUAACACUUUGAUUGAUGGACUGAUGAAAAGUGGUCGUUUGGAUGAAGCUAUGCGUUUAAAAGAUAAAAUGAUUGAAAAGGGUUUGGUUAGAGGAGGAUCUUGUAAUAAGCUAAACGAGGUUUUGGAUCCGGUAAGCAAAUCAGGGUUUACUGGAGUGAUGGAGGUGGAUUCAGAUGAGCUUUAUGAUGUUAGGAUAGUUUCUGGAGUAUAAGUAUGAUGUCCGAAAAAAAAUCCACAGCUCUUGUGAGAAUCUUUCAACCAUCACUUCAAUGUUUGCUAUGAGUGAUGGGAAACAGGACUGGGACGCUACUACGAAUCAUUUGGAUUGAUUUGGAUCAUUUGAGGUUGAGAUCCUUCUGACGUUUUAAGUCAUGAGCCAUUAUAUUCAUGAAGCCUGAAGUGUCAAGCAGCUCCCUGAACCUUAACACAAGGCCUCAGGUACGCAUGGACUACACUUGCUCAAGAAUCUGUUAGCGAAAUGAAGUUGUUCACCUUCAGAAGUUUUACUUCUUUGGAUGUGAAUCUGUUCAGAAGAAGUCUUUAGACUGUGACUAAACUGAAGAACUGACAAAUUGUAAGUCACUUGUCUUUGAUAAGAUAAGAUGAUCAACAGAUCAAACCAGUAACCUCUCUGUUUCAUAGUUGUUCCUUCCGAAAGAACUUGUGGGGUCAUAUUAUACUAUUGUAAUGUUUAAUGUAACAAAUGUAAUAAAUGUGAUUGAUUAAUAAUUAAGUUG